CAACUUUCGGAAGCAGCUUUUUAAAACUUUAAAACGUAAUUCAGGUAGAUGUUUUUUUAGUGAGGUGGAGUCGCGUCGUUUUCGGGAUGGAAGGCACAGUUAUUGGACCGGGUCCGUACAGGGCUACGAAACUGUGGAAUGAAACGAUCAAGCUCUUCCGUGGAGGGAUGCCGCUGAAGAGACACUGGGCCAACUUUCGCUACUUUGACUGCAGCUUCAGUGGCUCUGAGGCUGUCGAUUAUCUUCACCACCUGCUGAGGAACAACUACAAUUUUGGGCCUGAAGUGACCCGCUACCAGACUUUACAGCUGCUCAGGAAGUUCCUAAAGGCCCAUGUCAUUGAAGAUGUCAAAGGUCGCCAUGGCACGGAGGAUUUCGAGGACAAUGGUCAGCUGUACAGGUUCCCAACUCUGUCUCCCCUGAAGUCUUUUCCUACGAGGCCUCUGCUGAGAGACUGCUCUGACUUGCCAAGACUGAUCCGCUGGGAUGACUACGAAGAAUUACCGCAGCGAGAAAACAUUGCUCCUCAGAAGUCAAAUGUCUUGACGUCAGACUUUUGGAACAAAAGACACAGUGUUGCCAUCGGAGACGUGCAUGAAUGCAAGCUCAUACGCAGGAAGGAGAUCACGGCCAAAGAAGUCGACCACAUCUGGAAAUCAAUGACAGUUGCGCAAUUACAGCGAGUGCUGGGUUUGUCAAAUCUGGAUGGAGUGUUGAACCCUGUCCACGUAAAAGGCAAACACAUUGUUCAUAAUGUGUUCAGUGUCAACAAAAGUGGAAUAGUGGUGCUGGAAAACAAAGCAGAGGACAUGCCAUACUGGGUGAUCUCUGCAAUGAAAUGCCUGGCAAACUGGCCGAACGGCAGUGACAACAAGCAGACGUUGUACCCCGGGUUCGAGAGGGAUGUUCUAAGAACAGUGGCAGAUUACUUCCAGAGACUCAAAGAGCCGCUCCUGACUUUCCAUCUGUACGAAGUCUUUGUCAACAUUCUGAGUCUUCUCCACGACCAAGAAGUGGCUACACAGGCUCUUCAAGUGAGCUGUCUGUUGCUGCCUCCUCCCAACCGCCGCCGUCUUCAGCUUUUGAUGCGACUCAUGGCCAAAGUCUGUCAGAAUCCACUGCUGCCUCCACUGAAUGACUCCAUCGCUACCCGGACGCUGAUGGUGCAGACCUUUUCCCAUUGUGUUCUGGGCUCAGUGGAUGAGAUGGAUGUGGACGAACUGCUGGCCACUAAACUGGUCACGUUCAUGAUGGAGCAUCACAACACCAUAUUCCAAGUCCCUUCCAACCUUCGUCUGCAAGUAGACGGGCACCUGUCUCACCUCAAAAGAGUUCAGAUAAAAUAUGCGGGGUCAGACACAGACUUCAGCGCGUCACCAGCUUUUUGCAAACAGAUUAGCAGGGUAGAGUCUGAGGAGUCGAAGGUCAUCGGCACCCAGACACCUCUGCAGGAGCUGCUGGAGGGUCUCAUCGCUGACGAGGAACUUCCUGCCAAAGACAAGCGGAAAAGACUCAAACAGUUUCAAAAGUCUUACCCCGAAAUCUAUCAGAAACGGUUCCCCACGGAGGCGAGCCGAGCGGCAGUCAUCCCGGAGAAAGCCCCUCGACUCAAACCUCACCUCAUGCUUCUUAACCUCAAGAAACCUUUCCAGCCCUUUCAGAGGAGCUGGAGCUUCAGAGCCUGAUCUGGCUCCAUUCACACGCCCGCACUGAAGUGUGUCAAAGCAAUUAUGAUCUAAAGAUAGAUAAACCAUAUGUUAGGAGGCACUAAUGAUACAAGUCACUAAAACUGAGCUUUAUCUUUUCUUUGGUUUUGUAGCGAACUUAAAAGAGCAGUAGUGAACUCAAUGACUAAACAAGAACCACUAAUGUUUGUUUUGAUGUUGAAUAUUUGACUUUUUCCUUUAAAGAUGGCUGUAAAAGAGUGGAUGCAUUUCAAGAAUUGAAAAGGGAAAUGAGGGCUAACACUGUAGCACAUGAGAUUAUAUGAGCUUUUAUUUUUGUAUUUCAAUGAGACUUCAAAUGGAAACAAUGUCAAUGAUGCUGUAUGGAUUUGUCAGUGAUACAUAUCGACGGUGAGAAGGUUGUGUCUGACGUGUUACAUAACUGACCUGCUUUAGCUGCUACCUUCGGUGACAUUCCUCGAUGCUACUUUAAAAUCAUUCCGACCUCUCUCACCGCCUUCCUCCGACUAAACGGGUCUGCACUCACCAGUGGAGGAUUUCCAUGCUCUUCCAGGUGUAUUUACUUUGUUGUGUAUAUUCACAAAUGGUACAUAUUUCAGUGUCUAUGUUUCAUUUAUAUGCUGCACUGCCUCACUGAUCAAGUUCAUUUCGUCCGAUUUAAGUCUUCGAUUUUCACGGUGUGACAGAUCUAGGGCUGAUUAUGGUUCACUAUUAAUGCUGGAAAUACUGUUACACUUGAAUUUCCGCUUCGUGUCGGAAAGUAAUGCUGGAAUAGAUGUAUUUUGUAUGUAGUGUUUGUCCCAUUGUAAAAGAAAUCAUUAGAUUCUCAUGGAUCAUUCAAACAUUGACCAUGUUUUUUUAAAGUAUACAACGUCAAAUGUAUUACAAAACUACAAUAUUCAUUUAUCAAGAAUAUUGUUUUUAAUAAUUGAUUUUCAAAAUAAUAUUCUUAAUGCAAAACAGGUACAUUUCAUGUAUUUCAUGUGCUGCAUUAUUGAAAUCCUACUGAACUUAAAUUGUUGGACAACAAAAUGACAAAAUAAAUGUAUGAAUUGUACUUUUGUUGGAGCCUAUUAAUGCUGGAUUACUGUUUAACUUGAAUUGCAACACUGUAACUAAAUUAGAUACGGUCUUAUGAAUCUUUCAGAGUCAUUAAUUAUUGUAUUUGUUUAUUAAAUACGUUCUUAGAAGAUGAUAAAUGUGUGUAUAUUGUCAAAGAAAUCAAACAAGUUGCACUGCUAGACAUAAAUCAAUGUUAAUAGAAGCAAUAGACGUUUUGCUUCAUGCCACGCCCUUGUUUUCCCGUAGACUAUUGUGUCUCGCUGCAUGCACUACAUACAGUUGUUUUCUACGUGUUUUGUUUGUCACAAUAUAAUACUUCAAGAAAACAAGUUGAUCAUCAAGCAGCAUUUUUUCUAUUCAUCUUACACAGUAUUUAAGGAAGUUAUGUAUUACAGCUGAGUAACACAAGACUUUCCUGCCCUUUGCAAGUUUUUAAUGGUCUGUUUGUUUUCAAAAUGUGAAAUAAAAAAACAUCAUGCAUUCAGAAUAACCAGUAGUAAAACGCAACAUUUGUGCAGCUGGAUAACUACUGUAUGCUUGACUUUAUUUGACACCACAAAGACAGUGUGAUGCCUUGCGAUUGUUCCCAUUUGAUAAACAUCAUUUACUAUUCAGUCAUUGUAAUAAUGAAUCAUGUUCUCCAUCCAGCUAUCUGUGGUCUGGCCAUUACAGCGAUGUGAGAAGUGAUAUUUUUACAUGCAUUUAACCCUCUUGCUACUGAGCGACGUGAUAAUCGACAGAGAAUUGAAACUGUAGCUGAUGUAAUAUAAACAAUGUGUAUUUCCCCCCGUGUAUGUGUUGUAACUGACACGUCUGGUUACCCAGUGAUGUACCAUGAUACAUCUGUCAUAUUAGUUGUUAGGGUUGUCAGUUAGGGAUGCACUGAUCCCCAGCCUGGUCUCGGGUAUCGACUCGAUCCAGCCUCUUAAAGUGGCAGCAGUUAUCGGUGAAAAUCGCCGAUCAGGGAGCCGAUCUUUGAAUUGCUAACAUUAGUGCUGAAUGAUAACAUGGCAUCAACUAAUAGCAGAUACUCACCCUCCUAAAACCGGUAACUGCAACAUGCAACAUGUGCAAAAUGCUGGUAACAUUUGGGAAACACUUUGUUUAAAUAAAUACUAAGUUUGAGGUUCCAUAUGAAUUAGUUUUGCCUUUUACUCAAACCAUGACCAGUGUUAUCCCACAGUAUGGCAUAAAGUUUAAUGCUUUAACACUGGCAUCGGAACAUUGUUGUUAUCUGUCCCCCAUGUAUCGGGAAAAGUCGGAUCAGUCACAAUUCUAAGAUUCCACACUUGAUAUCCAGUAACCAUGUAGGUGUUGAUGCCGUUUUCAAUGCCACAUUUUAUUAACACCAAAAGCAGAAUGCCGAUGGAAAAAUAAAAAAGACAAGACAGCCAUGUUGUCACUUGCAAAUAACCCAAAUAUCUGUCCAUGUUCAAAGCCUCAGGAAACUUAAGGCAAUAUUUCAAUUGUUUUUCAAACAGCUGUGAUAGAGUUGGCUGUGAAUUAUUCAGGUUGGUUGCAGGUUGACGUUUAUGCCUUUUGAGUACUGAUAUUUUUCUACAGCCAUAUUGGUAGUUCCAGAACAGUGAAGCUCACCAUGUUCUCUGGUGUUUCCAACAUCAGAGUCCUUGGAGGAGGAAAGUGGCCAUUUGAACUUGCAUGUACAAUCAUGUCAGGAUAGUAACAAGAGGGUUUGAAUGGAACUUAUUAUGAUGGCCAUAAUAACCAGUUAUUACUAAGUUGUUGUGACAAAAAUGUGAAAACAAUUGGUGAGAUCAGUGUAUUAAAGCACACAAUACGUUCGUAAGGCAUCAUAAAGAAGUCUUUCCAGUUCUUGACAAACUACUGUGAUUCAAUUUGCGGACACAUUGUUUCCUCCCUCACCGUGAUGAACUGCAGCUGCUGGAUGCAAAUUGAUAUUUGAAUAACUACAGACUGUAUUUUUUUGUAAAAAAGAAAAAUAAUAAUAAUAAUAUGGUGGAAUUACUGUCGCACUUGUU